GCCAUUAAAGCUUUGAAAGAAGAAGGGAUAUAUACAAUUCUAAUUAAUCCAAAUAUUGCCACUAUACAAACUUCACAUUCUCUUGCGGAUAAAGUUUAUUUCCUCCCAGUAAAUCCUGAUUUUGUUCUUAAGGUUAUUAAACAUGAAAAACCUGAUGGUAUUUAUGUAACAUUUGGCGGCCAGACUGCUUUGAAUGUCGGUAUCAAACUUAAAGAUAAGUUUGAUGAGUUGGGAGUUAAAGUAUUAGGUACACCGAUAGAAACAAUAAUUACCACAGAAGAUCGUGAAUUAUUCGCCCAAAAAAUGUUAGAGAUAAAAGAGAGAUGCGCAAAGUCUGCUUCUGCUACGAAUGUUCAAGAAGCUUUAGAUGCUGCGCAAAAGAUUGGUUAUCCAGUCAUAUGUCGUGCCGCGUAUGCACUCGGUGGUUUAAGUUCUGGGUUUGCCGAGAACGAAACGCAAUUAAUUGAGCUCUGUACCAAGGCUUUUGCAACUAGCCCUCAGGUGCUGGUCGAACUAUCUAUGAAAGGUUGGAAGGAAAUCGAAUAUGAAGUUGUUAGAGAUUGUCGAGACAAUUGCAUCACAGUUUGUAAUAUGGAGAAUUUUGAUCCUCUUGGAAUACAUACUGGAGAUUCUAUCGUAGUUGCACCAUCCCAAACUCUCUCUGACGAAGAUUACAACAUGCUACGAACAACAGCAAUUAAUGUUAUUCGUCAUCUUGGAGUUGUGGGAGAAUGCAAUAUUCAAUAUGCUCUCAAUCCCUUUUCCAAGGAAUAUUGCAUUAUAGAAGUGAAUGCGCGUUUAUCUCGUUCGUCUGCACUCGCAUCAAAAGCUACUGGUUAUCCAUUAGCUUUUGUCGCUGCAAAACUUGGAUUAGGAAUACCAUUAAACGAGAUUAAUAAUAUGGUGACUAAAGUGACAUGUGCAUGCUUCGAGCCUAGUCUUGAUUAUGUAGUC